GUCACACCAGUGUUGCUGCUGGUGCUAUUUUCUCCCCUCAGUCCCUCUCGCUCUCAGCCCACAGCUCCAGCGGAGUGACACGGGGCUUUUGGACAGAAAGGAACGAACAUUAAGUCGCGAAAAGGAAAAAGAAUAUGGCAGAGCUCGGAGCGGGAAGUCUGCCUUUAGGGGAUCCUGCUUUUAACUACCAGGAGCACGAGCUGAACGAGCGGCUGAAGCGGCUCUAUCCGGCUGUUAACGAGGAAGAGACCCCUUUACCCCGAUCCUGGAGCCCCAAGGAUAAAUACAGCUACAUUGGGCUGUCACAGAACAACCUGCGGGUCCACUAUAAAGGACACGGUAAGAACCACAAGGAUGCAGCAUCAGUGCGAGCCACACACCCAAUACCUGCUGCAUGUGGGAUCUACUACUUUGAAGUCAAGAUUGUCAGCAAAGGUCGAGAUGGGUACAUGGGUAUUGGACUGUCAGCACAGGGUGUCAACAUGAACAGACUGCCUGGCUGGGACAAGCACUCAUACGGUUACCAUGGAGACGACGGCCACUCCUUCUGCUCCUCUGGGACUGGCCAACCAUACGGCCCGACAUUCACCACAGGCGAUGUGAUUGGCUGCUGUGUUAACCUCAUAAACAACACUUGCUUUUACACCAAAAAUGGCAUCAGUUUAGGUGUGGCCUUCACUGACCUCCCUCCCAACCUGUAUCCCACCGUGGGUCUCCAGACACCAGGCGAGAUCGUUGACGCUAAUUUCGGCCAGCAGCCGUUUGUGUUUGACAUCGAGGACUACAUGAGCGAGUGGCGAGCCAAGAUCCACGGCAUGAUCGCCCGCUUCCCCAUAGGAGAGCGUCUGGGAGAGUGGCAGGCUGUCCUGCAGAAUAUGGUUUCCAGCUACCUGGUGCAUCAUGGGUACUGUGCCACCGCCACAGCUUUCGCCAGAGCCACAGAGACAACAAUACAAGAGGACCAGAUGUCUAUUAAGAACAGACAGAGAAUACAAAAGCUGGUGCUGGCAGGACGGGUGGGCGAAGCCAUAGAGGCUACACAGCAGCUUUAUCCCAGCCUGUUAGAGCACAACCCCAACCUACUAUUCAUGUUAAAGUGUCGUCAGUUUGUGGAGAUGGUGAACGGUACAGAUAGUGAGGUUCGCUGCUUGACCAUUCGCUCCCCGAAGUCACAGGACAGUUACCCCGGUUCCCCCAGCUUCAGCCCCCGCCACGGAGCCAGCAACACACACCUGCACACUGGAGGGGCCGACAGUCCCACCUGCAGUAACGGGGUGACUCCCACCAACAAGUCAAAGAGCCACGCCGGAAGCAGCAGCGUCAAAUACCCCAGCGCGUCGUCCUCCGCCUCCUCCUCCACUUCCUCCUCCCCUUCUUCAGUCAACUACUCUGAAUCCAACUCCUCUGACUCCACCAAGCCACACAGCAACAACAGCACCCAGGAAACCAGUGACAGUGAGAUGGAAAUAGAAGCAGAGCACUAUACCAACGGGGUUGUUGAGGGCUCCUCAGCGCGGAUUAUGAACGGCACGUACAAACACGAAGAGAUCCUUCAGCCGGACGACAACAGCAUUGGCAAUGGUGUCAGAGAUGAGAGUUGUAUUAAUGGCAAACAGUUUUGCGGAGGGAACCAAGCGGCCACAGAGCGGAUGAUCCAGUUUGGACGGGAACUGCAGGCGCUCAGCGAACAGCUGUGCCGCGAAUACGGCAAGAACGCCACGCACAAGAAGAUGUUACAGGAUGCAUUCAGUCUGUUAGCGUACUCAGAUCCGUGGAACUGCCCAGUUGGACAGCAGUUAGAUCCCACGCAGAGAGAAUCACUCUGCGCCGCACUCAACAGCGCCAUACUGGAGUCGCAAAAUCUGCCCAAGCAGCCUCCGCUGAUGUUAGCGCUGGGUCAGGCCACAGAGUGCGUUCAGCUCAUGGCCCGAGUCCGGUCCGGUUCUUGCUCUUUUGCCAGAGUAGACAACUUUUUGCACUAGCCCCAGUCCAGGUUAAUGUUAAGUAGCACUGAGAGAAGGCAUGUCCAGCAGGUAGUUGUCAUGGCGACGGAGGAAAGAGCAUGUGUGUGAUUGGUGAGUUUGGCUGUCCCGUCAGACCGAGUCAGCGGCACAUGCAGAGCAGCAGAGGCGAGCAAAGAAGAGACAGAGAGAGAGGGGGAGAGCAAGGGAGGGAGAGAAGAAAGCUUCCUUUUUAAUUUAGUAUUAUCAAACAAAGAAAUGUGUGACACUAUUUAAAGAUAUUGAAUUAUUAUUCUGUUUAUCUAGCCUUUUUUUUUUAUUGACUUCUUUUCUUGUCAGUUUGUUGUGCUCAUCCUGGACAAAACAAAUGUAACCCCCUCCCAACUCCCUUUUUUUCUUUAUCUUCCCUCUGUUUUAACGGGUGGAGUUGUGAUUCCCUACAACCAGUAUUUUACACUUAACGCUGUUGUCGAUCACCCCAAUCACAGCUGGUAACCGUGGCGACCCUCACGACUGCAGGUCAAUUUCAACCUGAAAUAUAUAUCAUCUUUAAUAAGAUGUAGAAGAGGGACAUAUGUCCAAUUGGAGGUGGAUUUCUGUCUUUUUUUGUUGUUGUUUUUGUUAAGGGGGCGUGUAAACAAGUCGGCAGGCAUGAAAAACACCUCUGAUUGGCUGGAGCACACCGUUAGUGCUGGUCAUGGCUGCUGCAGCACAGUCGUAAACACUGACACUUAUGUAAAACUAAAGUGAGACCCAAUUAUUCCGGGAAAUAAAAGUUCGGUUUUAUCCCGCAUCAUAGUUACAUGAUGUUAUUAUGGAUAAAAUACUGAGAGGUAACAGGUAAGCAGCCAAAGAAGACAUCACCUGUGUGUUAAGUGUAAUUGAAGGAGGCUUUGUUGCCACCGACCAGGGAGAAAAGUCGAUGGCAAGGUAUUUCUACUGUGCCUACCAUGCCAUCGAACCAAUCAGUGAUGUGGCACCCACGACACCUGCCCUCAGAACUGAGCCUAACACUAUUAGCAUGGUCACCGUAUUGACGGCGUAAAAGGAAAUCCAUAUCAAAGGCAGACUAACAAGCUCAGUGAGUGUGUGUGUAUGGGGAGAAGUGCAGCCACCCUGUGGGUCCCUGACAAAUUAAAUCCAGUAUCACCCACAGCCUGAUGCUGUGCUCCUGUAUGUGUGCCGCCACUGUCAGAACCGCCAGUCUUUCUUUAGUUUUCAUUAUGUUUGAAAACCAGUUCUGUUUAAUGCCCCCCCACCCCCACUCACAAUCCGUAAAUCAUAAACUUAACCCACUGUUUUGCCCAGUUCCUUUAUAGAAGGACACAGUCAAGUCUGACUUAUAGAAGUAGCCCAAAGUCACGAGAUUGUCUCGGAAUGUUUUUUCGCCCUGUACGAUAAUGUGGUGGGAAAAGAGCAUCUUUUUAUCGUUCAGGUCUGCUGCUGUGGCCACUAUGAGAUUUGAAAUGGAGGCGUCGCAUUGCUUCAAUACCGAGUCGGAUCAGUAACCAACCAACCAAACAACCAAACCCACCCAAACGACAUAUAACAGAGAUUAAAGGUCUAAUAUGCAAUACUUUCACUGACGCUAAUGGUCAUAUUUGAAUAUGAAUGUCCAAAACCAAAACAAACAUGUGUGCAUGAUGUUACAUACAAGGUUCCCACAGGUCCUUGAAAUCCUUGAAAGCCUCUUACAAGUUUGUUUUCAGCUGUGUCAGCACAUUCUCUCCUUAAAUUAGAGGGAAUUGGUCCUGGAAAGUUCUUGAAUUUGAUGUCAACCAAGGUUUGGGAACCCUGUACGUAUUAAUGAGGCCAGGAGGAGGGCUUUAUGUUGGAUUUUGCUCUCCAUCGUUGCUAAAUGCUAAACCGAUAUUAAUCCUAUAGCAUUUUAGCCCAAAAAAUAAAACAAAUCCAGCAAAUUUGCCGUCAGCUCGAUGCUAUGUACUGUACAAACGGUUUACAUUGUUAAUAUUUAUAUUUAAUUCAUAGUGUUGCAUAUUGGCCCUUUAAUUAACUGAAUAAAGUGACAGUUUGAGUUGAAUAAACUCGUCAUUUUUAGCUCCUCUUGGCUCAAACACUGAUACUCUCACAAUGUCCAAGUUGGCUUUUGUAUGUUAGUAGCUAACCUGUUAGCUAGCUAGCGAGCACAUUUUGAUUGAGUCAGCCAACUAAUCACUGAAGUAACCCAUGUACAGUAGCUAGCUAACUAGCUUGGUUAGCUAAGUACCACACGCGAGCCAACCGACACCGUUUCUGAAAAGGUUUCCCCACAGAAAGUCGUACAACUCUUUUUGUUUUUGUUGUGAUCAGCAGGAGCUCUUUGGCAGUUUUGUUGAAUUAUUUCUUUUAAAUAUUAAAUGUUUGAAUCUUUAUAUCAUCACCUGCUGUCUGUUUCUGAUUCUGUAAUCUGAACAGAUUAUGGUUUUGUGGCAAAAUAACAAAUCUGACUCUUGUUUCACACACAGUAAUCUUUUACACAGGAUUUACUUUUUACCAAAUAGCAAAGACUGAAUGUUUUUUCUGACCUGUGGCAAACUGUUAGAUUGGCUGCUUUGAUGUGACCUCUGACCUUUUGUGACUAGUGGACCGACCGUGAGGUGUAUAUUCGAACAUAUGGGAGAAUCAAAACAUAAAAAGGUCAAGAAGUGUGUUUACUGCAGAUGUAUGUAUCGAGUACUGGGUUAACAACAGUUUAUGUGGUCUAACUUAAAGCUGUAGUAUGUAACUUUUUAAAUACAAACAUGAGAAAUGACAGACGUAGGCAAACGGGUGUGAGUUUGACAGGAAACACAAAGAAGACUCCACGGAGAAUUUAGUUUCAUCAUAUCGGCUUUUUAUCCAUGUGAAACCGCCAUUUUUUUUAACUUAUUUUUUUAUUAAAUGGGUCCCAUGUUUUGUGUUGACAAUAUGCAACUUUUUGUCAUAGCCCCACCAAACCCACAUACCGGCUUGGCAUAAUCCACCACAGCUGUGAGUUGUCUUGGGGGCUUUCACAGGGUUCCCAUGGAUCCUUUUAAAGGACACUAAGUAAACAUGGGUCAUUGGAAGUGCUUGAGUUUUGUGCGAGAGAGAAGUUACGUUGCUCGCGGCGUUGUGGUCGCUGUCCACUGUCUCUCCCUUCCGUGAUGCCUGGAAAAUGCUAAUUCCAAGAUCUCUGACUCCCUCCAUCCAUCCAUCAUCAACCGAAUAUCGGAGAUCGGGUCGUUGGGGUAGCAGCUUUAGUGGGCGGCCCCAGACUUCCCUGGUGCUGUCCACAUUGUCAGCCCAGUGAGGAGAUGGACUCUCUAAGUAAAGAGGGAGACCCCAGCCACUCUUUUGAGAAGACACAUUUUGGCUUCUUGUACCCACGGUCUCGUUCUGCUCGUGCCCAUAAGUGAGGGCAAGAACCUGGACAGCAGAUGUUAGCUCUGGGGAUCUCUGGCUCACCAAAGAAAAUGACAAACACUGUCUCACCCAAGAUCCCAAAGACAAUCACUUGUCCAGUGUGCUGCAAAUCAAUGAAAGUGGACCCCACCAUCUGAAUCUGUGUCCCCACAUUCGGUCCAUGAAUUUGAGGGAAUUAGUCCUGGAAAGUCCUUGCAAAGAUUGAAAGAUAGGAUAGGGAAAGUUCUGUGUUGUUGCCCCCACGCUCCAAGAUGAAUCACCAUAAAGUUACACACUGCAGCUUUAAUGCCCCACCGUUGUUGUAUUUAAUUCACACUCUUAGCUGUAAUAGGAACAACUCUAACACGUUUUCAUGCAGUACGCACUUGACAUCUGCUCCUGCAGCUGUAAAGGACUUCUGUUAGACACACACACACACACACCUGUUCACAAAUCUCUGUUGCAAACCUGUAGGGAACAAGUCCACCAGCUGUCUUCUGUCUUCUGUCUUCUGUGCCUGAGUCGCGUCUCGGGGCCCCUCCCUCUUCUCCCCGCGUUCACACAGCCACCGAUCACAUCAUCGAUCGGUGAUCGUUCUUAGGACGUUUGAAGCCCCGAAGCCUCUGAAGCCACAUGGACUUCCUCUGGAGAGGCGGCCGAAAACAAACAAACAAACAAACAAACAGACAAACAGACGAA